AUGACCAGAGGAGACAGAUUCGCCAGAGCCAGCAGUGAUGAGGAUGGUGCGUACACUCAAGACCUGCCGCUCUACUCUACUAACUCUGUACAGGCUUCGCUCCUCCGGCAGAUUGUGGCAAGUCCACGCAUCAAACAUCAAGAGUCUAACCUGGACUUAUGCUAUGUGACAGACUACAUUGUUGUCACUUCGGGGCCAAGUUCAGUCUGGCCGAAGAAAGCUUAUCGAAACCCUCUGGAUCAGCUCGUUGGCUUCCUGGACAAGAAACAUGGACAGGACUGGGCGAUCUUUGAAUUCCGGGCCGAAGGCACUGGCUACCCUGACUCCGAGGUAUACAACAGAGUCCACCACUUCCCCUGGCCUGACCACCAUCCACCACCGUUUGCCAUCAUACCCAAUAUCAUGGCUGCUAUGCGGAAUUGGAUUCAACGGCUUGAUGAAGACACGGGCGAUGACUGCGAGCAGAAGAAGAAAAGAGUGGCCGUCAUACACUGCAAGGCUGGCAAGGGCAGAAGUGGGACUGUCGUAUGCUCAUACUUGAUCAGCGAGGAAGGCUGGAAAACAGAAGACGCCCUCGAACGCUUCACCGCCCGGCGCAUGCGAGCAGGAUUUGGACCGGGUGUGAGCAUACCCAGUCAGCUGCGUUGGGUCGGAUAUGUUGAUCGCUGGGCGAACGAGAUGGGCAAGACAUACGUGGAACGACCUGUCGAAAUAGUCGAAGUCCAUGUUUAUGGUCUACGCGACGGAGUCAAGGUGUCGUUGGAGGGAUAUAUCGAGAAUGGCCGCCGCAUACAGCACUUUCACACCUUCAGCCGGCAAGAGAAGACGGUGGUGGAAGAUGGCAACAACUCCCCUCUCACUUCAAAUGGCCUCCCUGAGCGCACGCUUAGCUCCAAGGAAGACGAUGAAAUUCUGAGCAGUCCGGUGCAAGCGACUCCUCAAUCCUCCACCUUCAAUCUCAAUCACCCAUCUUCCGGGUCUACACAAUCAGUUAUCCUCAAACCCUUAUCGCCGGUAAUCCUCCCCACGAGCGAUAUCAACCUAGACUUUGAGCGGCGCAACAAGGCUGGCUAUGCCGGGUUUACUGUGGUUACCUCUAUUGCGCACGUAUGGUUCAAUGCUUACUUCGAGGGAGGCCACGAAGGUCAUGAUUCCGGGGUCUUUGCGAUUGAUUGGGAUGCCAUGGAUGGCAUCAAAGGUAGCUCUAGGAAAGGCACCAAGGCCCUGGACCGGGUAAAAGUGGUCUGGAAGUAUGCAGCCAAGGAAGGUGAUGCUACGCCACUCCACCGGCUGGUUACAGAACCCAGAGAAGGUGAGCCUGUCCCGGAAAGCCAACCCGCGGAUUGGCGCGGAGAAGAGGUUGAGGGUGCGCAUCUCACUAAAGGGGUUGAGGUCGAUCAUUCAGGAGGCGCCGCCCUCACUGUAGGAGCAAUGAUCGACCAAGGGGCAGAGUCCUUGGGCAGGCGACUGGGUCUGCGAAAAUCGGAUCCUGGCAGUACCGAUAUGAGUCGUGCAUCCAGUCCCGUCGAAGAGGACAUGGCUCCUCUACGCAAGAACACCGAGAUACGGAAAGCAGAGGAAUCCGAGGAUGAGGGUGUCAAGGUCUGUGGCCCAGGCGGUGAAGAUGAAGUCUCAUAUGACGAGAUAUCGUCCAAGCACCGCGCGGACACGACGACUCCAACUCAAGACAAGACACCGAAUAUUAGGAGUUCUACUCUAGACUAG